AUGGCAGAACAAAUCACGCACAAACGCCCAGUUAGGAUACACAUAGAUAGAGAUAAACGCAAGCAGCUUCAUGAUUACUAUAAACUAAAAGAGGCUCAUCAUCGUAAUGGCAACAUUGAACAAGUGGAACAGACCGAUGCUUCUGACGCUACCGAGGAAGGUGACACAUCAAGUUCACAAUCUGUGAGUCCUGUUCCUGGGAUUUCACAGAGUACCUUAGCGCAAUUAGUUCAUACUCACAACGCCCUUCUUAGCAAGAAGGCUGAAAUGAACAAUACGAUCAAAAACACGAUUUACGAAAACUACUACGACUUGAUAAAGGUGAAUGAGCUGUUGCGCAGCGUUGGCGAUGAUGGAAAGGACAAUUUAGAUCAACUAAAAGGGGUUUUGAAGCUCUUGGAAGAGUAA